AUGCGUGCAAAAUCUCAAUCAACAUGUCGCCUGUUGCUCAUUAUAUCCUUCUUUCGAGUUGUCCUUGCUAACGAAUCUAUCUCAACGUCUGCUCUGGCAAAUUGUGGCCCCAACACAGCCAUUAGCGUGACCUAUUUCGAUGUCAGAUUGACACGGUCUGGAACUCUCGACAUCGCGUUUACCGGAUUUCUCAAUGUAUCAGGCAAUGUCACCGCAGAUGUGGUGCUGUUGGUGUACGGAUACCAGAUCCUCAAUGACACGAUCAGCCUGUGUGACUUGGGCCUCGACAGCCUCUGUCCACUUGCAUCUGGCGCACUCGAUAUACCCCAGGCAAGCGUGAACGUGUCAUCCAUCGUGUCAGUGAUUCCAGGUAUUGGCUACACUGUUCCGGACCUUGAUUCCACAAUCCUCGUAUACAUUUACAGUGCUUCGGCUCGAAAAUCUAUAGCAUGUCUUUCAGCCGAUCUCUCCAACGGGCGCACGGUCGAUCAAGCGGCUGUUUCGUGGGUUCUUGCGGCCAUGACUGGGCUGGGUUUGAUCGGCUCCGCUAUUGCCAUGAUCGGAGGCCAUCUUCAUUCCGCCACACAGCUUUCCGUCGCGUCACUGGAUUUGUUGAGCUUCAUGCAGUCGCAAGCAAUGUUUGGCCUCUGCUCAGUUAGACUACCACCUAUAGCACAGUCCUGGACACAAAUCUUCCAGUGGACUAUUGGAAUUGUACGGAUCGGGUUUGUUCAAUCGUUCGGCCGCUGGUACUUACGGGCAACGGGAGGUACCCCGUCCACUGUCGUGGACAACUCAAAAAGCAUCUCAGUGAUUGUAGAGAAGCGGGGGUUCUCCGAUCCUGUCCUCAGUUCCGGCAGGAGUCUACUCCGAAGAACGGGUUCGAACGUGUCAAAGAGUAACGAAAACAGUGUGAAAGGUAUUACUCGAAUGGCCUACCGAGCUGGCAUUGAGUCCACCAAUGUAUUCAUGACGGCAUAUUUCUCAUUCAUGUUUGUCGCUGUUAUUCUCUUUGUAGGGCUGGCGACAGCUAGACUGGGACAUGCUAUUUUGAAAAGGUCGAACAACAAGAACCUUCCGCGAUGGCUUGAGUCGGCACCUAUGCGCUUGCUGAACAGUAGCAGAGGCCUGUACCUUCUAUUCCUGACUGAUGCCCUCCCCUCAAUCGCCUCAUUUUCCUUUUGGGAGUUCACACAGCGUGAUUCCGCCGGAAUAUUGGUUUUGGCCAUAACCUGGUGCGCCGGGACUACCGUAUGCCUUGGGUGGAUUGCAGUGAGAACCAUCUUCUGCGUCCGGAGAGGUCAAAAGUCCGGCCUGACCGCAGCAUACACUCUUUCAUCGGGACUCAUUGACGCAAAGAAUGUGCGAUUAAUUCAGCUGUUCCAUACAGCCGACAGAUACUACUUCUUUGCCAUACAGCAACUAUACGACUUCACGGGCGGGCUUACCAUUGCUGUUAGCCAGUCUGCUCCAGUUGCACAGGCUAUAACCCUCUUGGUUAUCAAUGUCAUUAUGAUGGGUCUCGUGAUCUGGGCCCGCCCUUGCCGAGAACGAAGCAUGAAUGGUCGCGCCAUCGCAGUAGCGAUCAUCCAGUUCGUGAACUCCAUCUGCAUCCUCAUCUUCUCGGGCAUCUUCAAAGGCUCACCAAUGGCGGCUAGCGUUGUUGGUGUGAUCUUUUGCUUGUAUAAUGCGGUCUAUGUGCUGGUGCUUAUGGGCUACCUGCUGACUUCAUGGGUCAAUGCCAUCCGUAUGAAGGAGCUUGAAACUCAGUACCAGAGCGUAGGCGACAAUCGCGAAUCGUUCCUGAACCUACGUGCUUCACCUCCGACCGAACUCAUGGAUCUGAGUACCACCGAUUCCGGAGGGCCCAAGCCUCGUGAGAAUCAACGUUCAACUCCAUCAGUGCACAACGAAUCAGGGGAGAGGCAUACUUGA